AUGAGAAACGAGAAUCUGGUCGUCGAUUCCCUCGCUAUUGAUCUCGGCUGCAAAGGUCUGUUUGCGCAGUGCUGCUACUCGUGCGACACUGUUGACUUGGAAUGUCAGAAAGGAAUCAUUGUCAUGGAGAUGACGCCUCGCUACACCGAAACUGCAUUGCCUGGUCAAGUAGCCGAGGUGGGAAAGGGGCUUGCUGUGGCAGGCUCGUCUCGCAUGGGAGAACAAAGAGAGAUCGCAGCUAUUAACGACGCGACAAGGCUCACCGCGGAAGAGAGGAAACUCAAAAGUUUGGGAGGAUUAUGUGGACUCAGUUGGAGUCCCAAAAACGCGGCAGAUGACCGAUCCCGACAACAGACACCGGUUGCCGAAGGGCUGAGAGUCAUUGGAAGGAAACUCCGAGACCACGAAGUUGCCGAGCGUCACAGGCCACGAGACUUCCUCCUUCACUAUCUGGGAUGCGAACAAUUCUUUCAACGAGAAGAUUACCUGAGGUCACUAAGCCCGGAGCAAGCCAAGCAGGUCGACACAAGGUUGCAGCGGAUCCAAUAUCUCCGAUCUGUACUUGAAAAUGACCUGGGCGAAGGCCGACAGCUGGUCCAAAACUUGACCAACAGCUUGGCAAGCUGGAGAAUGACGAAAGACUUCCAAGAGGGCAUUAGUCGGGUUCGAGAAUUGCGCAAGAUGCAUUUCGCAGCCAAUGGUUUCCAUCAAAAAGAAGUGCCAACAACUGGGCGUUACCAAGAAUACAACCCUGACCUCGACACCAAUGCCUACCUCAUUCGAUUUAAAGACGGGAGGCUGGUUCGCGAUAUUGCGGACAAUAGAUAUCAUGAGCAGUUUCCGUGCUACAGGAUCUCAAUGCACGAUCUCAUAUACGGGAGUGAGGAAGACAAUGCAUUUAUUCCUCCAAAGGGCACAAUCAACUAUUUCCAUUUUCCCGCGAACAAUAUGCUUAUGCCUUAUCCCCAUUGGGACACAGCUCGCCACCAGGCGAAGAUCUCUGAUGCAGUCCAGAAAGAAGAAGAGAAGUACAAAAGAGACAAGAUUCUCAACGAGCAAAGACUUAGAGGCAUGCGGAGAGUGAGACAGAGAGGGCUGCAGCUCCUCAACGCCCAGAGUCGCCAGCCUGGCACAGAAUGGCGUCUCGAGAACCGCGACCCGGAAAAGCCCCGAGUCAUUGUCCCAACACCACCAAAGAGAACAGCAACUGGUGCUUUUGCAAAUAUCAUGAAACGGCAGGGUCGUUUCGGUAAGCUUCCUUUGUGGUCGGUGUUUAGCACAGAUGGAACCGGCAGGGUGAUCGCUGGCACGGAAAUUGGGCAGGUGUUGUUCGAUGCCGCAGUCCUCUACGAGGCCAUGUCGACGCACCGGGAGAAGCGCCUGAUCCGAAAGUAUCUCCACUCAGAUCCACCACUACACCCACGCCGAACCCUCGAGCAAACUAAUGAGUGGACAUUGAGCUUGUCAUGGCAUGCUAGUGCCAGGGACCAAGUCGUACACCGCGCAACAAGGCCUAAGCAAUUGGACUUUCACUCAGUCGACCCGUUUACAAAGGAGUGGAGGGAUAGGAUCCGUAAGUUGCCUCGCGUGAUGAUGAUCGACCAACUUUGGAUGUGGAUCCUCGACGAUCAGACUAUUUUCACCUGCUUCCCAGACCACGGUGACCUGAGCCAUCACAAUCAUCUCCCAGGAAUUCACAGCCGAAUCCGGGACGCUGUCCUGAAGAACGGCAAGGGUUCUGUUCGCACCGUGUCUGACCUGGCAUUUCCGCAAGAUGGUACAAUUCUUGUCAUGCAGCUUUUUCGACAAGCCAUUCGUGAUGUGGCAGCUAAACACUCCUUCGGUGCGGAACAAUACUGGGAGUGGGCGAGGAUCUUCUCCCGGCUGGCUCACACUGACGUCGACAACGGCUUGAGCGACUUGAUCGUACCUUUUCUUGACAUCGGAAAAGAAGGCGAGCUUCAAGGUCAAAUAAAAAGUGUAGUCAGGGAUCUUGAGAUUGUGCUUCACAUCACCCUGGAGCAGCUAGAGGUCUAUCAAAAGUUCGAGCGAUCCAUGUUGCAGUUCUCACGAGGCAAGGCCACCGUUAACAUGGAGCCACUUCUAAGUGAGGUCGAGAACUGUAUACAAGAUUUGGAAGAUAUGAGAAGGACUGCGGAUGGAAUCUCAGCCAGUCUGGACUAUCUCAUCUCACUAAAACAACAGCAAGUCACCGUCGUGCAGGCGUGGCAGUCCAUGAAAGAGGCUGAAGAUACCCGGAAACAGAACGUUACGCUUCUGGUCUUUACUGUGGUAACCGUGGUCUUCUUGCCAAUGUCAUUCAUAUCGAGCGUUUUUGGCAUGAAUAACAAGGAGAUUGCGGGCAGAGAUUCACCAAUGACACUAGCUGAUCAAUUCAAAUGGAUGAUGCCCAUUUCAUUCAGCAUUGUAGCUAUCACGUACUACCUAGCUUUUGGAAAUCCUUGGAGGGUAUCGCGAGAUCUCUUCAGAUGGGUUUACAUGAAGUGCGGCAUGUACCAGAUCUUUGCUCCACGAGAUAUCACGCUGUCCUCCCUGAGGGACAGGUACAAGGGCCGAUCGAAGAGAAAAGAGGCAGAGCAAGCUUGGGAGCGCCGGCGCUCCGCACAAAUGGCAAGGGACAACCAGGAGAGGAGGGCAGCCCUGCGGCGGCCAGCAGUGGUGGCCCAACAUACGUCCGAGGCCAUCUCACCUGACACGCCCAUCAUGACACCGGCUUCGACUGAUGAGCCCAGCACGGGUAUGUUUGCGGUGUAUCAAGAGAUGACGAACAUGGCAGGAAAGAUCCGAACGCCGAAUUAG